ACAAGUGCUGCAGACAGAGUAUUCUAUCUCGCUGUGUUAAUCGCUCUGUUAUAUUUGCAUUCCUGUCUUUGCUGGUCAGGAGAGUGCAUGUGUCUGGGAGCUGGUAGCAGAAUUCACUCUAUGGAGUUCUCUACCUUGGUGCGGUGAAGGUAGCGGGUAGAUUUAGGAAUGUUUAAAGAAGCAUUAGAAAUGACCUUCACUCUGAAGCCAAACACAAUCUCGUGAAAUGAUCUUCUGAGAGCUGGGCUCGACUGCAUUUGUACCCAACUGUUAAGGAGCGGCACGAAGGUGGUGAUCUCAAGAUGUUUGCCUCACUUUACCUGGCAGCUUUUUUUUACUGCAUAUCUGGCCAAGCUCUUCUGAGCAAACUCAAGGGAGAUCGAAGAUACACCAGUAAUAUUUCCAAGUUAAUAUGUAGUGUACCUGGUUUACCUGGCCCACCAGGGCCACCUGGAGCAAAUGGAAACCCAGGACCUCAUGGACGCAUAGGCCUCCCAGGCAGAGAUGGAAGAGACGGCAGACCAGGAGAAAAGGGAGAGAAAGGGACAUCGGGAACCAAGGGCAAAGUGGGACGUGGAGGAGAUAUAGGCAGUAAAGGAGAUAGAGGACCAACCGGUAAAGCAGGACUCAGAGGACUGAAUGGCCUAAAAGGAAAAAUAGGACCACCAGGAAUGUUGGGACUUAGAGGAAACAAAGGACAAAAAGGAGAGCCUGGACCAUCAGGUGUUUGUAAAUGUGGGAGUUUAGUACUCAAAUCUGCCUUUUCUGUCAGCAUAACAACCAGUUAUCCAACAGAAAAAACACCAAUUAUAUUUAAUAAAAUCCUUCUUAAUGAGGGCGGUCAUUACAUCGCUUCCUCUGGAAAGUUUAUAUGCGCCAUUCCAGGGAUUUAUUAUUUCUCUUAUGACAUUACCCUGGCAAAUAAGCACGUUGCAAUUGCUCUAGUGCACAAUGGUGAGUAUCGCAUCAAAACCUUUGAUGCCAAUACAGGAAACCAUGAUGUAUCUUCAGGAUCGACAGUCAUGUACCUGAAGCCAGAAGAUGAAGUGUGGCUGGAGAUCUUUGAUUAUGAACAAAAUGGUCUGUUUUCUGAUCCAAACUGGACCGACAGUUUAUUUUCUGGGUUUUUACUUUAUCCUGAUGCUGAUUACCUAGAUGCAUUGGCAGAAGAUGAAUUGUAAUAGUUAUCUCCAAAUAUUUCUAUUUGAUUUCAAAGUCUUUUAUAAAGAUUCAAUAUAGUCUUUUAUGGUAAUGAAGACUUAUAGACAUUAUGGGAAACUGUUCUUAGAAUCAUUUAAGGAUUUGAUCAUCAGAUAAUGCUUGCUUGCAGACUUGUUUUAAUGUUAUUUAAUUUACUGAUUUAAUUAGGAGUGAUGUAUCUGAGAUCAACAUCAGUGCUGGUAUAUUCAACACAGGGGUACUGGAUGCCAUGAGUUUGGUUCAAAUUUUGAACAGCUCAGACCUUUUCAGAGGAAAUGUGAACACUCCUGAUGCAAUUGUUCCAAUUCACAAAUCUAGUCUUUUAUCAUUUACAGGAACAACAUUUUACACACCUUGACUGAUUUUGUUUAGAAUUUUUUUUUUGCAAGAAGGACAGGUUCUCUGUAAUAAUUCAUAUGGAGAAUCUGCAAGUUUAUUCUAUCACUAUGAACUUUUGGUUGCAUCUAAUUUCGCAAACCUAUUGAUGACAGAAAUUGCAAAUAUUUCAGUUUUAAGGUAUAAAGUUAGAUCAUCAACUUGUCUUUUCACAACGGAUUUAUGUGAUUAAUCCUCUUUUCAUUAUUUGUUAUGUUGAAUAUGAAUUACAUAUUUUCUGGAACUUGAAAGUUGUUUUACUUUUUGUUCAUGUAUAACCAAAUGUUAUGUUUAACUGAAUGUUUUAUAAAAACAAUACCAUC